UUCAGAAUAUUUUUUGCUUCACUUUUGUUGGCUUCAUAUUUUUUGCUUCAUUUUUUAUUUUAUCUUGCUUAAUCAGAUUAUUAGAUAUUUGCUUCAGCUUCCCGUUUUGCUUGAUUAUUAAAUUUUCGCUUCAUGCUCCUUUUUGCUUCACCCCUGCUUCAGGUGAAACUUUGCUUCAGCUUCCUGUUUUGCUUCAUUUUCCUGGUUCAUUGUUAAAAUUUUGCUUCAGCUUCUCGUUUUGCUUGAUUAUUAAAUUUUUGCUUCUGACUCCUUUUUGCUUCAUUUCUCUGCUUCAUUAUGAAAUUUUUGUUUCAGUUUCCUGUUUUGCUUCAUUUUCCUUGUUCAUUGUUAAAAUUUUGUUUCAGCUUCACUUUUUACUAAGAUUUAUAUUUAUUUUUGCUUUACUUUAAGGCUCAUCGUCAUCGUCGCGACCACGAUCAUUUUGCUCACGAUGAUGGAGUCCACGAGCAUCACGAGCUUGAAGACUAUUUACGCACACACCUCUCUUGGUUAACAGACGAACAAAAAGCUGAGAUGCGUUCUCUCAAAGCGGAGGGUGCCGGUAAAGAAUCUUUACGUUCAAAAGCGAUGCAAUAUCUCGAGCAGAGUACUGGAGAGCAAAGAAAUGAAGCAAUAAAACAAUUAGUUAGUGGAUGUAGAGAAUUGUUGCGUAGAUUGUUUGGAGCUGAAGCAGCUGAAGAACUGAAGCAAAUGAGGGAGAGUGGAACGACUUAUGAGGAAUUGGAAGUAAAAAUUGGGAAAUUGACUGAGGCUUUGGAUGAUGAAGGGAAAAGACAGAAGGCUCGAGAUUAUGGCCCACCAUGUAAACGAAUAUUUGCUUUGAGCAUGGCGGUACCCCCAACAUAUUCUCGCCGUCGUAGAGAAUGUGCUCAAUGUUCUGAACGUUUAAAACAUGCAAUAAAAACACACCUUUCUUGGCUCAGUGAUGAACAAAAGGCUGAAUUAAAAGCUGAUGAGAUUGCAGGGAAGACGAGGGAAGAAACGAAAGAAAAAGUAAUGAAAUGGUUUGAAGCCAUUGGUGAAGAAUCUGAAAAGGAAAAGGCUAGAGAAUUGAUGAAGGGUGGAUGUCGGGAAAUGAUUAAGGAGCUUCUUGGAGAGGAAGCAGCAUCCAAGAUAAAGCAAAUGAAAGAAAGUGGAGCUACACCUGAAGCUUUGACAGCAGAAGUAGAUAAACUUAUGGGAGAGAUUACAGAUGAAAAGAAGAAAGAAACGGCUGCAUUAUACUCUUCUGCAUGUAAACAAGUAUUCGGAGUUAAGGCUUCGAGAAAAAGAAGAGAUCAUCAUCAUGGGCAUGGAGGAGGACAUACUUUAGAGGAUUACUUCAAAACUCAUUUAAGUUGGUUGGAUGAUGGACAGAAGGAAAAUCUUAAAACAAUGAAAGGGGAGGGAAAGACAAGAGAGGAAAUGCAGAAGCAGGUAAAUUGAAUCAUUAAGAAAGUUGAAAGGUUUCCGAAGAUUUCUCAGAUUCUGGGGAACCUUUUUCUAGCAAACGAUGGUUGUUAUAGAUCUCCUGUUUCUCUUCCUAAGGAAUGCAAACUUAGGGUCUUAUGUAAAUCCAGAAAUGGUAAAGGAUUGGAUGGGACGUUAUCCUGAAACUCUCCGAUUGAAAGAUGUUAACCUUCCAAACCAGGGCUGUACGCCAUUGAAAUAAAUUUCGCACGCGUAAUCCGCAAUUAUAAUGUUAAAAUCCGCAAAAGCAAUCCGCAAUCUGGGGAUAUAAGUGAUAAUCUGGGGAUAUAAGGGGAUAAAAGGGAUUAAAUGUGGUU